AAAGAAACUCACCCCAUUGAGGUGGCUCUUUUGGCACGUAGGAGUGUUUAAUGUUACAACAAGGUGGGAUACUCUUGUCUAUUACUGCUGUGAGCGUGCUCCAGUGCUGUCUGAAGUCACCACCCUCCCAUUCAUUACCGGGAAAUCGAGCAAUCACAACGAACUUUUCGGCAAAUGAGCAGGACAGAGUGCAGAACCAGCUAAGAUAUCAUCACUGUGUUCUCUCCACACGAUUCUCUGCUGAGUACCAGAGGAAGUGGUUACAGUGUUGUGCUACGGCCAUAGUUUGGGACUGUCAUGAAGGCCAGAGCUUGUGCAAGAAGGGAGUACAGCGCCAUCUUCCUCGUUCUGGCCGUGGCUGUCUUAAUCUUAGUGCUACACAACAUAGACGUUCUGGAGUUUCAGCAUAUAAUGAAGUCCAUCAUCGUCCCAAAAGUUUCCACUGAUCCUGACAUGAAUCACAGCUUCUGCACCUUCCAGCCACUCUCCCCUGAGGACGCUCUGGAGGAACGCCUCCUACUAGACUCCAUUGCUUGGCCUGAAACUCCACCUUUGCCAGCUCCUGUUUCCCUGGAGAAUACCAGUGAUCCAGCUCACAGCACCUUCACCAUUCUCCCAAGGAGGGGAGGAGGACAGUGGCAUGUAGGGGAUCAGCUGGAGGUCAUGAUAAAAAUGUCUGACUUCCAUGGUCGUCCCAAGAAGUAUGGGGGGGACUUCUUACUCGCCCGGCUCCACAACCUGAAGCUUGGUGCAGGUGUAGCUGGGCAAGUGUUGGAUCAUCUCAAUGGGAGCUACUCUGCUGUAUUCUCUUUACCCUGGGAAGGAGACGCACAGGUUGAGGUGAUGCUGGUUCAUCCUAGUGACGCUAUCCUAGUGCUGAACAGGCUGAACAGAGAACAUCCUGACAGGAUUUUGUUCAAGAGCCUCUUCCGCUCAGGCUCACUCUCUGAAACUACUGACUGUAACAUCUGCCUACGUCCAACCCAGCAGCUGCUGUGUAACUACACUGACGUCCGAACAGGCCAGCCUUGGUUCUGCUACAAGCCAAAGAACCUGAGCUGUGAUGCCAGAAUCAGCCAUGCCAGGGGACAAAAUGGUCGAUUCAUCAAAGCCAAUGAGGAGAAGCUAUUUCGAAGUGGUGUCAACUUAAAAGUCUACAUUCGGGCUUCAGGACCUACCAGGUUCACUGUGUUGCCAAAAAAGAAAGGUCAACCGGAGGUGAAGAGUAGCAGUGUGACAUCUGGACCCUCUGGCUAUUACUACCAGGGUGCGUGGCGAGCGCUAGAUGGAACCACAGUUCACCAGUUCAACACCUCCUCCGCCAUCACAAAGUGUCUGAAAGGCAAGAUGAUCCACCUGUAUGGAGACUCCACUGUCAGACAAUGGUUUGAAUUCCUCAACAAAAACCUACCAGAUCUUAAGGAGUUUCACCCACAGGGCCGGACGAAAUUUGGACCUUUCAUGGCCAUAGACAAUGCAAACAGCAUCAUGGUGACAUUCAACUUCCAUGGCCCUCCUUUAGUCAGUUUUAUCAGGGUCCCACCUACCACAUUUUAUUACAUUGCCAAUGAAAUAGACCGCUUAACCGGAGGCACCGACACCAUUGUAGGAGUUGGCAUCUGGGCUCACUUCCCCUCUUUCCCCAUAGAGCUCUACAUCCGGCGGUUGCAGAGCAUCCGCAGGGCAGUGGUGCGGCUGCUGACCAGGGCUCCCGGGACAGUGGUUAUCAUCCGGACAGGAAACCCCAGAGCUUUGACAUUUGAUCUGUCGCUAAUCUUCAGUGACUGGUACUCACUUCAGCAUUACAAGGUGCUCAGAGCCAUGUUUAAAGGAAUGAAUGUUCAUCUGAUCGAUGCCUGGUCUAUGGUCCUGGCCCACCACCUGCCACACAACAUCCACCCACUACCUCCCAUUAUUAAAAACAUGAUUAAUAUUCUGUUGUCCCAUGUGUGUCCUCAAAACAGCACCUAGGUGUGUGUUGAUAGGGGGAGGGAGUCUAGAUUCAAGCAUGCGAAGUUUACAUGUUGUCUACAUGUUGAGAAAUUAAGAGAACAGGGGUGGUGAGUGUGAACCACACAAUGAUAUGGUGAUGUGCAGGUGAAACACUGUGCAGCUGAUGCAUAGGCCAAACAGCUGAUAAAGUGUUUUCACACUUGGUCCUUUUCAGCCACCCAAAUGUGCGCAAAUGUGAACACUCCAAGAGAACUCGGUGGUCUGAGUUCAGUUUGCUUCAAGUCUGUGGUGUGGUUCACUUAACCUGUGCAUUUUGACCAAAAAAAGCCCUGGGUCCGCUUUGCCUUUUGCUAUUGUAUUGUAGCCCUCCAAACGUGCUGUAGACAGAUCACACGCUAUUUCAGUGAGAUGCAUAAUCAGUGGACGAGGAGUACUUUGGUCUGAUGAUGAAACAACUGCACUCCCCCAGAUAUGGAACGAGGACAACAUCAAACAGCAGCUGUCCACAGCGCACAGAAACACUAAGGUUUUCCUCCCACAUUAAAUUCAUAACCACACUACAGUGCCACAUCAAAGUGUGUGUGUGUGUGUGUGUGUGUGUGUAGGCGUGUGU